GAGGCGGUCGGCGUCCCGUUCAGUGCGAGCAGAUCAGUCGAGGCAACCCGAUGCCACACGCACGCCUCGGCCUCGAACCGACCGAUUCUCGACAACGACCGAUCUCCAUCUCUCGAAUCUCGAUCUUUCGCGUCUCUUUUCGGUCUCCGAUUGUACAUCGCCGCGAGUUCCAACACCACGCGCAUCACUUUCCACGAUUUUCCGCGCGCGCGCGCGCGCGUGAGUUUCUUCCGAUAGAAGAGAAAGAGAGGGAGGAAGGGUGGGAGGCAGAGAGAGAGAGAGAAAUCGAAGGCUUAAUUGAGACGAAAUCGUAGGCUUCGUGGAUCGAUUCUUGGAAAGGAGGGAGGAGAAGGAAGGAAGGAAGGAAGGAAAGGAAGGAAAGGAUGUCACCCUCCGCCUCCUAUUGGACGCAAGUUCGCAUCGACAGGAUGGGAUUGAACGAGAAGUGAGCGACAAACAAGCGUUGUUUGUCUCGAAGAACCGCUUCGAGGAAAGGAAAGAGGACGGCAAUUUUUGGAGAGUUUCGGUGAGAACCGUGAGAAGAGAAGAGAAGAGAAGAGAGUCGCGGUAUAUAUAACCGGUUCGGUCCGUGGCUGUCCGUCCAUUAAUCGCGGUGCGACACCAGUGAUUAACCGGUCGGAUGAUCGAGUGUGCCUCGUCCAAGAUCCCGUGGAAUCUUCGCGUCGUCUUCGGCCACCACCGGUUCCAUUAAGGGGAUAUCUCUCCGGCGGAACCGGGCCGGCGAUUACAACCACCUUGGAGGAGAACGGUUUGGAGCUGUCACACUCCUCCCUCUCGAGGGUGUUUCGCGUCGUAUGUGUGUACGUGCACGAUUAUCCUUGCUAUCGUGGUCAUCGUCGGGCCACGCGCUGUCGCGUGAAAAAGGAAGGAGAGGAAAAGGAGAGGAGAGAAGGUUCCUUCUACCACCUCGUGAAAGGAAUAAUAAUUGAUAAUUAAACGAGGAGGGGGAGGGGUGGAAGAGGGAGGGGAAAAAGCAGAGCGGAAAUGGCCGACGAACUGGCUGUUACGCGCGGCAAUUAUGUUAAGUGGCCAAUUAGCAAUUAACCAAGGAGGCGAGCGGAGCGCCCCUUAAUUGCUUGCAACAACAAGAGGAGAACGACGACGUCGACGACGAAGAAGAGGAAGAGAAAGAAGAGGAAGAAGGUGGAGGUGCGUCGCACGCGCCAUUUGUUAUUAUUCCCCAUUUUCCUUCGAUGAAACGAAGUCAUCGCCUCAUCUCCAAGUAUCGCGUUUCCCGCGGCGGCGCGUUUCGAUUGUUCGAGGCGUGAGUUUCGUUAGAGAGGAGUGUAACAAAAUAUAUUCGCGGAGGAGCGUACGUUGGAUAGAAUGACGGAGGGAUGUCACGGGUAAAGGGGGGCGAGCGGAGACAGGAGGAAACGGUGUUGGAAGGAGGUAAAAUAAAGUGAAGUGAAGAACAACGAGAAAGAGAGGAGGAAGAAGAAGAAGAAGAAGAGAAGGAAGAAACAGCGAGUGGAUUUCGAGAUUCGAGGUGUUGGACUCUGCUACGCCCCGUCACCGUCGGCAAGAUUCUGUCUCCCAGGUAUCGGGCGAGUCCUGGGGUGGCGACAGAGGCACCCGCGGGUGGCCGUAGCCCGAAGGAACCACCUACGUGUACCGUGAUGACCGUCCAUCACCAUCAGAACCACCACGUGGCGGCACGUAGCGGCGUCACCGUGGCCAGCAGCAACGGCCUCAACCUGACCAGGAUGUCCGGCCUCGAGGCGCACAGGCUGGAGAACAUCGUGGAGAGGAACGGCGUGAGCGUGGAACGUCUCUCGAAUGGGCUCGACGCAAGGAGCAACAGCCACGCGGGCAACAACGGGUUGGAGCGCGGGGACGCAUCCUCGACCACCAUGCCCCAGAGGUCUAGAUUCAUGAUCACCGAUAUCCUCGGCGGCGCGUCCAGCAAGAUGCACCACCAGGCCGCCCUCCAGAGCCAAGAGCCACCGGCCAGCCCCCCGUCCACGCCCAGGGACCUCAGCGUGAGGCACCAGUCGAGGACGUCGUUGAACAACAGCAACCUCGACGAGGACAGCGACGCCAGCCAUCACGAUGGCGCUUCCGUCACUUCCAAUGGUGGCAAGGAGGACGAUCCAAAGAGUUCAUCGUCGAGCACGCUGAGCUCGGCGCAGAGCAAGAAGCAGAGGAAGGCGCGCACGGCUUUCACGGAUCAUCAGCUCCAGACCCUCGAGAAGAGUUUCGAGCGGCAGAAAUAUCUGAGCGUGCAGGACAGGAUGGAGCUCGCGGCCAAGUUGCAACUGACCGACACCCAAGUGAAGACGUGGUACCAGAACAGAAGAACGAAGUGGAAGAGGCAAACGAUCGUCGGGUUCGAGAUAAUGGCGGAGAACAAUUUCGCGGUGGCGGCGUUCCAACAGUUGUACGGAAGCGGGGCAGCGGCUGUCCCGGCGCACCCCGCCGCUGGCCGAUACUGGCCCUACCCGAGCGCGCACGCACUGCCCGCGAACGGCCUGUUUUACCAGCAAGCGUCAGCGGCCGUCACCUUGCAGAAGCCGCUUCCGUACAGGCUGUACCCACCCACGAUGAUCCUGGCCGGGCCGAGCAACCCCCUUGGAUCGUUGACCGCCAGCUCCAGCCUGUCCAACCUGAGCAACUACUACAGGGACAGCCCGGAGAUGGGCGAGGGGAGGGAGAGGGAGGGCAGGCAGCAGAGGGACAGGAGCAAGAGUCCCGUGCUGAGCGACAGGUCGCCGCUGAUGAAGGAGGAGAGGCUUUACGCGGCGACGAUGGUGCAGGCCGGGUCGAGCAACACGACCCUCGGCGGCACCCUCACAGCGAGCUCCAGCAGCCUGUCCAACCUGAGCGCGUACUACAGGGACAGCCCUGAGGAUGGGCGGGAGGGGAUGGGCAGGGGGUCGAGGCAGAGGGACAGGAGCAAGAGUCCUCCUGCCGGCUUGAGGGAAAGGUCCCCCAUGUGCGUCAAGGACGAGAGGCUGUAUCCCCCGUCCGCGAUGCUCCAGCCGGGGCCGAGCAACAGCGUGGCAGCGCUGACAGGUUCCGGGAUGCAGAAUUUGGCCGGUUAUUACAGGGACAGUCCGGACAUGAUCGAGGGAAGGGAGAGGGAACAUUUGGGGAGAGGAGCGAGGCAGAGGGAGAGGAGCGCGAGCCGUUCCCCGAAGAGGGAGGACAGCCCUCAGAGUAUAAGGGCGGACAGUGACGACGAGAGUAUACACGAUAUCUAGGGUACGAACGAGGAGAGUGGAAGAUGGAGGUAAAGGGUUGAGAUCGAGCAAGGAGAAACUCGCUCUGGAUGGGAGGAGAUCCUUUCUUUUCUCUCUCUUUUUCAACGUGGAAAGUUGUGCGCGCUUGUGUGUGUGUGUGUGCGAGUGAUAUCUAGAAAAAAAUGUUCGAGUCUUUCUAUUAUGUUGUUAGAGGCAGCCAACCGACGAGAAGAAGUCUUUAUAAAGAAGACGCGCGGCGAUUUUUGUAGCAAUUACUCCGUUCUAACUAACCCAACUACUACCUUGCGUAACCGCCAACGGAUGAAUGUAAUGGGAGGGGGGAAAAGGAAAAGCAAGAACAGGAAAAAAAGGAAUUAUUUCUCGUCGUCGAUCGUCGAAAAAACUUUGGCGUGCGAAAGCUCGCGAAAUUCCACGCCAAGUAUCGAAAGCAAAAGAAGAAGAAGAAAGAAAGAACGGUCGAUUUCGUGAGGUGGAACGGAGGAAGUGACAUUGCACGGGACGUCCGGGAUUUCCUAGAUAAUGAGAAUGGGCGAAGAGGAAGCGUUAUGUGGUUAACCAAAGUUUCGCGAUUCGAACGAUUUAGCGAGCCGAACGGUACGCUGAGACCAGUAUUCAUACUCCUAAUAAUCGUUAUAUACCGAUCGAAAGAGAUCGACGACGACUCGACAGGUUUGUGCGUGCGUGUGUGGAUGUUUGUAACGUAAACGCCAAAAGGGAACGAUCGACGAGUGGGUCGAGCGUCGUUGAACGACGCGAGUGAAAAAAGAAAGAAAGAAAGAAACGUUUUCCAAACGUUUUCUUUUGUAAAUAAAAAAGAAAAAAAGGAAACUGUUCGUCCGGUGAAAAGAGGGAGGGAAGAGUUAGGAGGCCUCUCGAGAAGGAGUCGCGCCAGGGAACGAGGCGACCGCGCACGAAUCUGCGAUUAAUACGACAUUAGAGAGGGGACCUUUGCCUGGGGAAAGGGGGGAAGGGAUACGAAAUGACACGAAAUUACACGCGGUCGAAAAGAGAGAAGCGUAGUUCUCGAAACUGGUAUUUUUCUCCCCCAUUUGGAGAAAGAGGAAUAUCGGGCUAAUCGGUCGCGACUUGCCUCGAUCCUUGCCUCAAAGACCUCGUAGAACAUUAUCUCGAGCGAGUAAAACUCGAAGGGAGCUGAUCCGAAUGCAACGUUCGCGAAACUUUUAAAUAACGGAGAGUAUUUGGAGAAAUUGGCGGGAAUUUCGAACGUUGCGUUCGGAGCGACAGUUUUUCGCCUCGAAUGGGUAUCACUUAUACGAAAUAAAUUGUAAAUAGAACUAUAGGAUUCGAUUGGCGCGGCGUCGAUUUCCAUUCCAUUUCGGCAGACGAAUGUUGUAAAUAGCUACGUUUCAGGACGAGAUGGCGUAUCGGUAAGGUUGAACAGGUUGGUCGAUACUCCGCCAACCGUGAUAACGAGAUAUUCCAGAAGUAUUUUUCAGAUUUCAGUAUACGUAGAAGGCGUGGAAACGCGUGGACAACGUGUUUGAAUCGUCGAAGCUUUAGAUAGACACGUUUUUAAAAAUGAAUAACUUAAUCGUCGAACUCGACUUAUAGAUAUCCAAAUUCGAUACAUAUUUCCAAAGUUCGACGCUCCACAACACGAUUGUCGCGUUGUUCACCGAAAUGAUGAAAUACCAGUAUUACGAAUACAUAAAAUUAGGCUGUACGACGAAAAGAAUAAAGGUGUAAACGACGUGUAAAGGGAUUGGAGGAACGACGACGUUGUUGUGUAAAAACCGUCGGGACGCAUCAGAAUCGGUGGGUCUCACGGUAUCGUGCGACUUAACGUUAAGUAAUGCAGCAAGAAGUAUACAUAGUAAUAAAAAUCAUGCUUUGUAAAAUAAUGUCUGUAUAGCGAGAAUUAUUAUAUGGAAAAUAUAUUAUACUAAAUUUAA